AAUUUUAAUUAUGAAAUUAAUUAAAUGAUGUCAAUUACAACAGGAACGUAAAAAAUCCAAAUAAAAGAAAUUGAAAACUUAAUUACUCUGUGUGAAAUAAAGUGAAUUUCUACAUAAUUUACGAAUAUUCUUGAAGAUAGAAUAUGAAGGAAAAACUAAUUGUUUUAAAGAAUUAAGAAAUUAUUACCCAUUCCGCGUACUUACUCAUCGCACUGCUGAUUUGGUAGAUUUGUGGUCUGUGGAAAAAAUCCAGUGCUGCCAUACUGCUAUUUGUUAUUCUUUCCUUGUCACCAGCUGUCAAAAAGCUUGAAAAUGGUGCAGCGGCUUACAUUCAGGCGACGACUGUCGUACAACACAAAAUCAAAUCAAAGAAGAAUAGUAAGGACACCGGGUGGCCGCUUGGUUUAUCAGUAUGUAAAAAAGCCCAAGAAGAUCCCAAGGUGUGGUCAGUGCAAGAGCAAACUCCGUGGUAUCCAGCCAGCUAGACCUGCUGAACGUUCCCGUCUUUGCUACCGUAAGAAAACAGUGAAACGUGUUUAUGGUGGUGUCCUCUGCCAUAAAUGUGUCAAGCAACGCAUUGUCAGAGCCUUCCUCAUUGAAGAACAAAAAAUUGUGAAGGUCCUCAAGGCACAACAGGCGAGCACUAAGUCGGCAAAGAAGGCUACAAAGUGAAUUUUAGGGCUUAAAUUUAAAUAAAAACCUUAAAAAAUCUA